AUGACUCCCUACACUCAACCCCUUUCCCUUCACAAUCGCGAAAUUCGCAUCCUCAUCCUUCAACCCCUAAGCCAAGGUACCCCAAUUCAAUGUACCGUCGAAACCAUCUCUCUCCUCUCCCAUCCUUCAUACGAAGCAUUAUCUUAUGUCUGGGGCGACGCCUCCAUCCGACAAACCAUCACAUUUCAUGGCACCCUCUUCUCCGUCACUCAAAACCUAGCAAUUGCACUAUAUCAUCUCAGGCUACCUAAUAAAUCGCGAAGGCUUUGGGUUGAUGCCAUCUGUAUCAAUCAAUCCGAUAUCAAAGAACGUAAUGAACAGGUCACAUUAAUGGGUGAGAUUUAUUCUCUAGCGAAACCAGUUUUAGUUUGGUUAGGUGAGACUUUUGAGGGGUGUGAGGAAGCUUUUGAUUUGAUGUCUAAAAUCGCCAUUGCAAGUGAAGAUAAAAUCUUAGAAGAGGAGUCUCAAACCAUGUUUUCCUUUUAUAUCGAGCUUGUUAAGAAAGAAUGGUUUACUCGUCUAUGGACCAUACAAGAGUUGACACUGGCGGAUCAGGAACCUCUAGUUGGUUGUGGAUUUACCUGGACUACCUGGAGUGUACUGUCAAAAGUGUGGCAAACAGUUGCAAUGAUUGAAUUCGCGAAAAUGGGAAUGAUUAUGAUGGAACGUGGCGACGAGAAUGAGAAUGCAAACAAGAGUGCUGAUUUGCAAGGUGUACGCACCAGUGCUAUCAAAAUCGAUCUUCUUAACAAUUUACGCACGGCAGUUACUGAUAAAAAAGGUGAAGACCUCCAGGAUUUAUUACUCAACACCGUUACAUCUAAAGCAACAGAACCUAAAGAUAGGACAUAUGGUUUACUAGGCAUGAUGGGUUCCUCAGACCGAAAAACCAUCACAGUAGAUUACAAUCGACCUCUAGGAACAAUAUACGCAGACGCCAUAUCCCACAUAUUCCGUAAAGGAAUAGGACCUUCCUUUCUUUCCGGUUUGGAACUAGCAGGUCCAAAUCCCCUAUUUCAGUAUUCUUCCUUUCCGUCGUGGUUACCAAGGUUAGGCAGCGAGUCUCUUCUUCAUUCUAUCCUUUAUCAUCCUCCAGGUAUAGGGGCUUCGGGAGCAGGCAGCUCUGCCAUCAAUGGUCACAUAUCUCCUGAUCUCAAAACUCUCUACAUAAGAGGUCUUCCAAUCGACACCAUUGCCGAGAAAUUUACUUUUGGCCCAGACACUGAAUGUCUUGCCCAACUCUCCCGCAUCGAAAAAAUGGUUCUCAAAGCAAAAAACCUCGCAAACCUCCACUCACAUCAUCGCCCCUACCUCCACCUUUUCAAAACUAAAGAACCAGUUUGGAGAACCCUCAUCACAAACAAGCUCUACACCGGAGCCGGCCGUGAAGUGGCACCAGAAGCUUAUAGCGAGAUACGAUAUACUGCUAAACAAGAACAAGCAGGAAUGCAACACCAAUCCUCGCACAACGAUGAUGAGAAAAUUAGAGACUAUAGACUCUCUCUCCUAAACCGCCUUCCCAACUCCACUUUCUUUAUCACCACAACGGGAUUUUAUGGCGUAGCUCCUAGUUCGAUAGAAAUCGGAGAUCAAUUGGCGAUUUGGUUUGGGGCAGUUGCUCCUUUUGUUUUGAGAAGAUUGGGUGUAGAGGGACGAAAUCAAUUGCAUGAUGGUGAUGACGAUUAUGACGAUGAUGAUGAUGAUGAUGAGAGUAAGCAUCCCGAUACCAUAAAAGGAAAUGAGGAAGGACCCCGAGAAGGAAACAAAAAAGAAAAAGAAGAAGCAGAGGAUAAAAAUGAGAUAUUCGUAGCAGUUACCGUAGCAUACGUAGCGGGCAUCAUGGACGGAGAAAUAGUCGAUGAGGUUUAUUGUGAGGAUUUGGAAGAUGAUGUUGUGUUUACUGUUCGAUAG